GUGAGCAUGUCUAAGCGCUAAUUGUGUUUAUUAAGGAAGACAUUUUAUAGGGUUUUUUUGUUGUUUUUUGAAAAACAAUGGCGUGUUGAAAUUUUAGCACACUUCUUUCACCAAUGUAUCUUGCUGUUACAUAUUAGGAAUAAAAUUUACCCUAAAGUAGUGCUUUUCAUAGAGCUUUAAAGCAAAUAUAAUUAGUUAUAGUUUAAUUGUAUGACUAAUUGAAGGGAAAGGUAAUUUUGUACAAGAAUCUUAGUUUCUUGAAUAACUUUUUUUUUUCUUUUAGCAGAAUUUGUCUAAAGACUAGGGAAUACUGCUGCUGCCGUGCAUUCUGGAGAUACGUUUUACUACAGAUACCACCAAGGCUUUGCAAAGAGGAUGAAGACGCUGCUGUUGACUGCUUACUGACACUAACCAGCUGGGCCCUUCACUCAUGAUGUGAAGAACGAAAACAUUUUCACAUUGUCCAGUUAGAAUUUGCUUAUACUGAUUUUUAAAAAGAGGAGUAAAUCAAAGUGGAGUACCGUAAACUUGACAUGGAAAAUAAAAAGAAGGACAAAGACAAACCAGAUGAAAGAAUGGCACGGCCUAGUGGGAGAUCUGGUCAUAAUUCACGUGGAACUGGUUCUUCAAAUUCUGGAGUGUUAAUGGUUGGCCCUAACUUCAGAGUUGGUAAAAAAAUUGGAUGCGGUAAUUUUGGAGAACUGCGGUUAGGAAAAAAUUUAUACACAAAUGACUAUGUGGCAAUUAAGCUGGAGCCAAUGAAGUCGAGAGCACCACAGCUACAUUUGGAAUACAGAUUCUACAAGCAGCUAGGAUCUGGAGCUGAUGGAAUACCUCAGGUUUAUUAUUUUGGCCCAUGUGGCAAAUAUAAUGCUAUGGUGCUAGAACUACUUGGACCUAGUCUGGAAGAUUUAUUUGACUUGUGUGGUAGGACAUUUUCUCUUAAAACCGUUCUUAUGAUAGCCAUACAGUUGAUUUCUCGUAUGGAGUAUGUCCAUUCAAAGAACUUGAUAUACAGAGAUGUAAAACCUGAGAACUUCCUGAUAGGACGACCUGGAAACAAAACCCAGCAAAUUAUUCACAUAAUAGACUUUGGUUUGGCAAAAGAGUAUGUAGAUCCAGAAACAAAGAAGCACAUACCGUAUCGGGAACACAAGAGCCUUACAGGAACUGCUAGAUACAUGAGUAUAAAUACACAUUUAGGAAAAGAGCAAAGUAGAAGAGAUGAUUUGGAAGCUUUGGGUCAUAUGUUUAUGUAUUUUCUCAGAGGAAGUCUUCCAUGGCAAGGUUUAAAGGCAGAUACAUUAAAAGAACGUUACCAGAAAAUUGGAGACACUAAACGAGCAACUCCUAUAGAAGUCCUGUGUGAAAACUUCCCAGAGGAAAUGGCUACUUACCUGCGUUAUGUGAGAAGGUUAGAUUUUUUUGAAAAGCCAGACUACGACUACUUAAGAAAACUCUUCACAGACUUACUGGAUCGGAAAGGCUAUAUGUUUGAUUAUGAAUAUGACUGGAUUGGCAAACAGUUGCCUACUCCAGUGGGUUCAAUACAUUCAGACCCUGCAAUGUCUUCAAACAGAGAAGCGUAUCAGCACAGAGACAGGAUGCAAAAAUCCAAAAAUCAGUCAACAGACCACAGGGCCGCUUGGGACUCACAGCAAACCAAUCCACAUCAUUUGAGACCUCACCUGGCAUCGGACAGACAUGGUGGCUCUGUACAGGUAGUAAGCUCAACAAACGGAGAGCUGAACACGGAUGACCCAACUGCAGGCCGUUCAAAUGCACCCAUCACAGCUCCUGCAGAAGUAGAAGUAACGGAUGAAACAAACUGCCAGAAAGUGUUGAACAUGUGGUGCUGCUGCUUAUUCAAGCGGAGGAAAAGGAAAACCAUCCAGCGCAACAAAUGACUAGAAUCAAACAGUAUAUGGGAAAAUGAUUAUUUGUUCAACUGUUGUCUUGUGAUCUUAAAAAAAACCCAACAACAAAACCCAAAGCAAAAACCUCCAUAAUAAACACAUUUUCCAAGGACUCCCUGAGAAACAAUAUCAUGCCUCUGUGCUUUGAUUUGGUUCUUGUGCAUCCAUUUUCUGUUUCUUUAAUUCAUCUGUUCUGAAAGCUUUAAGAUAUUGUCAAAUAGGAGUGCUUCUUUGACCAUCAACAUACGGACCAAUGAAAUGAUAGCAAAUGAACAGUAUC